CUCCCCAUGUGCUGAAACCCAGAGACGGACAGCAAACAGAGCUCGUGGAGACUUUCAGAGGACUAACAGGAAAUAACAAUUCUUUUCUAAGUGCUGCAACUGAAAACAUCAGAAAAUGUGUAAAGGAUUAGCUGCGUUACCUCAAACCUGUAUUGAGAGGGCUAAAGAGAUCAAGUCAAAGUUGGGAGUUUUGCUGCAGAAGCCAGAAAAUGCCAUCGACCUCAUCAUCCCAUACCCGGAGAAGGUUGACAAGAAGCCGGAGAAGCUGCAAAAGCCAACUCCUGAGGAAGCUGCUCAGUGGCGUGAGAGUCUGGAACGAGUCCUGAACAACAGCUAUGGUCUGGCUACUUUCCGCAGCUUUCUUCAGUCUGAGUUCAGUGAUGAGAACAUUGAGUUCUGGGUGGCCUGUGAGGACUUCAAGAAGACAAAGAAUCCAGUGAAGAUGGCUUCCAAGGCCAAGCAGAUCUAUGAGGACUUCAUCCAAUCAGAGGGGCCCAGAGAGGUCAACAUUGACCACUUCACCAAGGACGUGACCCUGAGGAACCUGGUGGCUCUCUCACCUUCCACCUUUGAUCUGGCCCAAAAGAGGAUUUAUGCUCUGAUGGAGAAAGACUCCUUCGGUCGUUUCCUCCGUUCUGAGCAGUACCAGGAGCUUCUGGUCAAAUAAGCCAAUGCAGCAGUUGAAGGAGAUGGGGUUGUUUGAAACAGUAGUUGAUAUGUGACAAUAAAAUAACAGUCUAUAAUUUGGUCAGAAAACAUAGAUAAUAACAGAAACCUGCAUAAGACAGUUUGAUGAGUUUUGCAUCUUCCAAAAUUAAGUUUUGAAAUGUGUUUGUAAGUUUACAUAAAAUUACAAACUGCUUCUUGAAAUAGCCCUAUCUCCUGACAUUACACAGAUGUUCCUGAAUUUCUAUCUGAAUGAGAACUGCUGAAAACAUUGUAUUCAUCUUUUCCUGUUAAAAUUCCAAUUCAUACAUCUCCUUGAAAAUGUAGAAAUUUGAACAAUGUGAUAGUCAGCUCCUUCAGCCUUGAGUUAAUGCUUUUAGACAGACCUUCUAAAUUAAUUCUCUAAAAAGGAAAUAAUUUAAAACAAAACUGUAGCUCAAGGUGCUAACAAUCAAAAGGUGAUAUGAAUAGGCAAAACAUGAAGGACUGUUUUGCACUAAAGGCUAAUUUCAUUUAAUUAAGUCUCCACAAUGACAAUCUUUACAUUUUUAUCUUAUAAAAAUAAUUUUACAGAUUGAAUAACUUACUUUGCUUUAAGUAUUUUCUCUCAAUCAAUAUAUAUUGUUAUGAUUUUUGGACUAGUAUGCCAAAUAGAUCUCUAGCAAUUGAUAUUGCAAUGAAGGUAAUGUUUGCAGUGUAGAUGGGCUUAAUAGGUGCCACUACCUACACAAUGAGGGCAGUUAAACAAUUGAUCAUGUUUCAGUAUAAAUGUGACUUUUAAAGGUGUUUCCACCAGAAAUAAAUUUAUUAUCCCAUAGGAAUGUAGUUUCUCAGAUUGUUCGAUAUCCAAAGUAAGGAUUUUUGUUUGUAAAGAUUUAUCAGCAUUACAUCAACAAAUCGUAAUACAAUGGCCUAAACUCACUGGGACCCAAACACAGCAUUAACUAAGAUUCAACAUUAUAAAUUAACAGCAUUUAAUAAAAAGAGACAUAUUAAAGCAUUACCACAACUAUUAAUAUUUUCAGGUUCAUCGUUUUGAAUCACUGCAUCCUUUAAAACAAUGAUUACCAAUUUAAUUUUCAUGAGAAAAAAGACAUUAAAUGGUUUCAGAGUUAAAUGUAAGACUGAAUGUAUCAUUUGUGGUUUUAAAAAGAUGCUCCAUUAAAUGUGCAGUACAUUUCAUGCCUGGAAGAGAGAUGACUCAUUGUUUAAGAAAGAGACUCUUGAGGGAAGCUGUUACAAAGUCAAGGGCAGAAAGAUUUUAAACUGUAGGACAUUUUAAGAAUUUACUAUUUCAUUUAAGUUGUAUUAGUGCAUAAGUAGUGAUUUCCAAAUAACUUAUCCUGUUUUUUUUUUUCUCAUGACUAUUUCACAUCCACAUUAAUAGAACAUUUGGAUACUUACCAAACCCACCUUUUGGUUGUAAUUCCUCCUCAGGGAGCAAUUGUUGAGAAUAGUUCAGUUAAGCUGGCUCAGUGGUAUGGCUCUUUAGUUGCCACUAAAAUGCAAGUUGCUAAGAUGGGAAAACCAAGUAAGAAGGAAGCUCUGCUUUAAAAAGAUGGAUAAACAGAGCUAUGGGUUUAUACAAAGAAAGCUCAUUUUUAUUUUCCCAUGAUAACAUACCAAAGUUGUAAUUUAAGUCUGCAUGCUUGGUCCCCAAAUGGAUUCUGUUAACAAAAACAGGGGAGAAUAUAUUUAAAAGGUUUGCAAUAGCUAACUAUGUCCUGAUGUGCAGACAGUUAUAGCUUUUAGCUCUUAUUUACAAACCAAUUGCUAGGUAACUUUAUGGAUCAUAUGAAAAUUAUUUGAAGAAAUACAACAAAAAAUACAAAACUUACAUUUUUCACAUUUCCACAAUUAUCUAGUCAUAAUGUAUUUACAAUCACAAGUUGUCUAACAAAUUUAGCUAAGCUACAAGAAAACAUGAAGGUACACUUGUUAAGACGGGCAAGUAAUGACGUGGUUGCUGUCAGGGUGCAAUGUUAAAGUGUCAGAAGAUUUGCAUUUAAUCAAAUAUAGUCAAAUGUAGCAGUCAUUAGAUGUGAUUAUAUAUACUCUUUUGUCUUUACACAUAUAUAAAAUAAUCAACCAAUACAAAUAAAAAUCUAUAAUUCAGCAUUCUAAACCCUUAUUACUCUUACACAUUUCAUUUAUGGUAUUUUCAACAUGUCUUUCUCAUACAUUUGAUUUUUCAGUUAUUUCAUAUAAACUGCACUGGGUGCAAAGUACUCUAAUGCUCCAUUUGUUUUACCUUGGAUAGCGUUGAUAGGGCCUAUAGUGGCACAGAUUGACCAGUCUGGAGUCACUACCCUUGGUCUACAAGUGGAAAAGUCAUUCUAAAAUAAAAUGUAAACGUAAUAAGGGCUUAAACAGUGCUGAACAUCUGUUUUUGCAUGUAGCUUUGCAUGUAUGUUUUGUAGUGGAUCACAUAAAAUAUAUAUAUGCAUACAAA